AUGGCGAAAGAUUCCCAUACACUGCAAAAAGGUGCUGUCACCCAGCACAUCGCCAAAACCCGUAACCUGAAAGGUCAACUGCCUGAGGGGAGCAUGGAAUCUUUGGCAACAACCAUUCGUUUUGUCACACUGAAUUGCCGAAGACUAUCGAGUGAACUCCUGCAACAUCUCUCUCUGCCGUUUCCUGCACUGCAGGAAACACGCAUCAGAGAUCGGCCUGUCAUCAGCAUCAAAAAUUACGCUGUAUACUGCGACGAUGCUAAUGAGAAGAAAUUAGGUGGCUGCGCGAUAGCUGUGAGAAACGAUUACAACAUGGAGGAAUUUGGCUCAACGUCGCCUAGAUGCGCCUUUGUACGACUGCGGGAUCGCAGAAGACGUAGAUUCUGGAUCGGAAGUGCUCGCGCACCUAAGAAAACCGCUAUGGACAACAGUAAGAACGCCUUGUAUGAUGAACUCAAUGCGUUGAUGUCUAAAAUACCCUGCCAGGGGGUGGUCAUUGUCGGAAUUGACGCAAAUACCAUCACACGUACGCGUGCGCCAGGUGGCUGCGUGAUUGUCUGCUUUUGCAUUUUCAAUUUUUAA